AUGGGAAGCGCCCGCCUGCUGCCCAACCUCACUCUGUGUUUACAGCUCCUGAUCCUCUGCUGUCAAACUCAGGGGGAGAAUCACCCGUCUCCUAAUUUUAACCAGUAUGUGAGGGACCAGGGCGCCAUGACCGACCAGCUGAGCCGGCGGCAGAUCCGCGAGUACCAGCUCUACAGCCGGACCAGCGGCAAGCACGUGCAGGUCACCGGGCGACGCAUCUCCGCCACCGCCGAGGACGGCAACAAGUUUGCCAAACUCAUCGUGGAGACGGACACGUUCGGCAGCCGUGUGCGCAUCAAGGGGGCUGAGAGUGAGAAGUACAUCUGCAUGAACAAGCGGGGCAAGCUCAUCGGCAAGCCCAGCGGGAAGAGCAAGGACUGCGUGUUCACCGAGAUCGUCCUGGAGAACAACUACACGGCCUUCCAGAACGCGCGGCACGAGGGCUGGUUCAUGGCCUUCACGCGCCAGGGGCGGCCGCGCCAGGCCUCGCGCAGCCGCCAGAACCAGCGGGAGGCGCACUUCAUCAAGCGCCUCUACCAGGGCCAGCUGCCCUUCCCCAACCACGCCGACAGGCAAAAGCAGUUCGAGUUCGUGGGCUCGGCCCCCACCCGCCGGACCAAGCGCACUCGGCGGCCCCAGCCUCUCACGUAG